CUCCUCACUGUACGUGCCGCCUUACAAAUGGUUACUACAGCUGUCAUCAAUCCCACCCUAUGAUGUCCCCCCCUGCUCCAGCAUUGAGAUAUAAAGGUACCGCCGGCAGACGGUGGAGCUUGACGGGAAGAGAAGAGCAGGCCUCCAAGAUGGAAGCUACUCGCCUGUUGCUAGUGCUGGCUUUGCUGUCGGGCAGCCUGAGGGCGAGCAGAGGCCUGGAAGAAGGACUUGGCUUGCAAGAGCUCUUCGCCGAGGAACCCAACGGGUAUCCGGAGAGACUCUUGGACUGGACGCAGCCAGAAAAUGAGGAGCAUGUGCUCCAAAGCCCACCUGAAGAGCAUCCACUGGGCAGUCUUCUCCGCUCCCUCCUCCACGCAGUCCACAGACCGGGACGCAGCCCCUCCUUCCUGUUCCAGCCCCAAAGGUUUGGCCGCGAGGCCAGAAGCAGUCCUAGCAAUAGUGGCCGGAUCAACCUCCGGGCUUGGGAUUCCGUGGCGCCUCAGUUUCUGAGCAUGGCAACGCCACAGCGCUUUGGCAAGAAAAAGUGAAGCCGGACCCAGCGAGGCAAAAACCUACCCAGAACUGUUACCCACCGGGUCCUGCCAAACUCAACCUGAGGUCCCUCUUGCACUUCUGCUCUUCUUUCUGUCUUAUCACUGCACUUCUUGAAUGACUGAUUUGUCUGCUGUGGGUUUGUGCUUUCCUCUUUGU